AUGGCACCUCGCGAUGUGAGGCCCACGACAAGCUGCGCGCGGCAGCCCGUGCAGCGGCCUGACCAGGCAGCUGUGGCGCCGGCGCCUGCGCCGUCAGCGAGGUUGGAGGUGAUCGUGGUGGGUGGUGGUUUGAGCGGGCUUUGCUGCGCAGCCAUAUGCUCCAAGAUGCAGGGGAAGAAGCGGAUCAGGGUCUACGACCGAGGAAAUGCCAAGAAGGACCUGCGCGUGGUGAAUCUGCAGAGUAGUACCUGGUCCAAGUUCCCCGAGGAGCUGCAAGAGCGCUUGAAGACCAUCAGCUCAUCCCAGUGGCCCUGCCAGCGCGAGAGCCCACGGAGCUUGGGGCGUCCGCGUAGCCUCUUCGCCUAUCAGCUCAAGGAGGAAUUGGAACGAAUGGCCCAGGUGGAGAUGCACCAGGGACCGCCAGAGCUGGAGGAUCCCUGCCAUGCCCUGGUCCUUGCCGACGGCCCCGAUGCUCGUCACCUUCGCCGUGAACACUUCGGCACUUCAGCCGUGUCAGCAGCAUCGCUGACAGCGCUGGGCUGCGCGGUCAGCGAUGUCGAAAGCGAUAGCAACUUGGCCACGGUGCUAAGCUGUGCACAGCGGCGCUUUGCACUGAAUCUGGCAGGAGAUGCAGGGCUAUUGAGCAUGGUGCUCACAGACGAUGAGAUCAAAGAGGUGCAAGGCGCAAAAGGCACACUGCAAAAAGUAAAAGCUUGGGAAACAAUGAAGGAGGGUUACCGCCUUUUUGGUUUAUCUGAUUCGAGCAUCGGCGAGCCAGUGGUGUUGUCCACGCACCUCCAGGGUCAACAAAGAUACUUCACCGAGCUGAACAGCUUCGACGCACCCGCAGCGACUAUAGCCACUGUGCAACAUCCGUGGGCCUUCUUGGUGGGCGAAGCAGCCGGCCUCGUGAAUAUUUGGCCUGGACGGGCAUUGAACGCCAUGGUGAAGUCGUCUUUGGUGUUGGCUCAACAUCUCAAGGCAAUGGCACAGGCGGUUCGUGCGGGUUAUCCUGUGGACGAAAGCUUCAGCAUGGAGUAUGGCGAACAGCUCACCAAGCUCCACGGCUUUGAAGCUGGAGUCUACAGCAGGCAAUGCGAAGCUGCUCAGACGAGGUCAAAGAGCUUCAGGCUGAGUACAUGCCUUCAGGAGGCCAAAGCGACGGAGCCGGCGCAGCAGGUGUCAGCCUUGGCUAUCUUCCGCCGGACUUUGCGCGGGAGCGGGCGCUGGCUGGAGAAGAACGAAGAGAAAGACGAAGAGAAGGACGAGAAGUUCGAGGAGGCUCUGUGGCGAGGAGUGAAGGAGGCCAAUCUGGAUGCAAGGACAUUGACACUCUUCAAUGCGUCUGGGAGCUGGUUCCUGGACCCGCCGCUCAGCGAAGCGGAGCCGGAGAAGGAGAAGAUCGUGCCAGAGGUGACAGUCCAAGAGAUGGAGGCAGCAGGCCGCAGCAGCUACAAUAGAGCAUUGCGCCUUUACCGCGCCAAGCAGCUGCCGGAGGCCGCUCAGGGCUUUCGGGCUGCAGCACUCCAUGGACACGGUAAAGGCGCAUACGCUUUGGGCGUGAUGCUGCUGAAUGGUGAAGGUGUGAAGAAAGAUGAGCUGAGCGCUGCACAGUUCUUGCAUCAGGCUGCACAAAAAGGAGAGAACAAAGCUAUGUACAACCUGGCGCUGAUGUAUCAACAUGGAAUUGGUCUCCGCCAGGACGCCUUGAAGGCCAAGGAAUGGACCCUGCGAGCUGCAGAGAAGGGGCACCGCAAGGCCCUGCGCAGUAAGAACGUGAAGAUCUUCGGCUCUGGGCCAUGGCUGGAUUACGAUCCCAAAGAGAUGGGUGUGGACCGAAUUACCAAAGAGGCAGAAAAUGGAAAUACUCAUGCGCAGUUCAAGUUGGGCAUGAUGCACUACGAAGGUGAUCAUGUGAAGCUGGACAAGGCCUUGGCCAGCUAUUGGUUCAUGCAGGCAGCCCAAGCCGGUCUCGAUGAGGCACAGUACCAGAUCAGCAGGAUGCUGUUCCAGGGUGACGGAAUCGAAGCUGACGAGCAAUACGCCUUCCGGUUCUUGACCGCAGCAGCCCAGCAGGGUCACCCUGAGUCGAUGCACAACUUGGGUGUGAAGCUCUACUUCGGGGAGGGCAUUGACAGCGACAGGCGCUCGGCGGCAACAUGGUUCCUGAAGGCCGCGGAGCAGGAACUCCCAGAGGCGCAGAACAACAUUGGUUGGAUGCUUUACUGCGGGGAUUCGAUUCCUAUGAACAUGGAGGCCGGGGUCGCCUGGCUGGAAAAGGCCGCCGACCGCGGGAACGAGGAGGCUCAACAUCAUCUGCAAUCCAUCCGUGGCACAAUGAUCACAGGCUGA